GUCUUUUGCUUGUUUUAGUGUUGGUCAGGACGUGAGCUGGGUGGGCAUUCUAUGUUGUGUGUCUAGUUUGUCUGUUUCUGUGUUCAGCCUAAUAUGGUUCUCAAUCAGAGGCAGCUGUCAAUCGUUGUCCCUGAUUGAGAAUCAUAUAUAGGUGGCUUGUUUUGUGUUGGGAUUUUGUGGGUGGUUGUUUCCUGUGUCAGUGUUUGUGCCACACGGGACUGUGACGGUUAGUUUGUUUUGUUAUUUUGUAAUUGUAUAUGGUUUUCAUGUUCAUUAACUCAUGGAAACUUACCACGCUGUACAUUGGUCCUCCGAUCCUUCUCGCCUCUCCUCGUCCGAUGAGGAGGACGACUUAGACUGCCGUUACACCACUGCAUUACCUUUAAAUGAAAUGUUGUUGAAUUACUUAUGUUGUCAACCUCCAAGAAGCAGAGGUCCAAUAGAUUAGACUGAAAGAAACAUCUGUAGACCUAUAAACAUCUAUCGGCCUAUACAGGCCAGGAGUUGGAUUUGCAAUGACAGUCUGUGUUUGACUUUGUCAUACUGACACACCCCAUCAUAAUAGACAAUACAUUUGCAGGUAUUUAUCUAAACAUUGACCAUUGAUGUUUAAGCCAUAUUUGUAUACAUUGUAAUGCAACAACUAGAAAUGGACAAUCAUCUCUAUAACCUUGAUAAAAUGUGAACACAAAACAUCAGAAAACAAUAGUAACUUAGCACAUUAUUCUGAGCACGUUAGUGAGGGUACGAGGUUCCACAGACACAAACGCCCAAUGUCCAAUCUUGCUUCAAUGUUAAAUCAAGUAAAUAUACAAUAAUCCUAAUAAAACUGGGUAAAAUGACUUCCUGAAUGUGUCUAAAUAUUGCACAGGAAAAUGUAAGGUCAGUGUUCCAUUUCUCAGCCAACCUAUUUCUAUUUUAUUUCAACUGGUUCCACUCUUACAAGUGUCUUGUGUAUUUUUGCCUGCAUAUCACUGCCCGCUCAACCCAGAUCUUUGAACCAGUAAAUGUUUUGCCUGCCCAGUGAGACAGGGACUUCAGUUUCACCCCUACCCUGGGAUGCCAAGGAAAGGUCAAGUACAAGAGCACCUGGAAUAGCAUGGAGGGAAGGUCCACUAUUAAAUUAUGCUCAACUAGGAGCAUGUUCUGGAGGUUAAAGUUGGUGAACAACAGUCAUGGGCACAAAUUGUACUGACAUGUUAUCACAAUGCCGACAGGUGUUGCAGUACAUGUAAUGUAGGGUAUGUAAAUACUAGUAAUUUUAUAUUUAAGUCAUUUAGCAGACACUCUUAUCCAGAGCGAUUUACAGUAGUGAGUGCAUACAUUUAAGAAAAUAAAAUGUCCAAUCGGUACUGUUAGGCUUGAUGUUUAUGCACUAGCCCGCUACCAUAUUGUUUGAAGAUGAAAGUACCCGUGGAAAUCGAAACCACAACCCUACGGUUGCAAGUGCCAUGCCCUAACAACUGAGCUACACAUUACUUCUCAAAGUGAAAUUUACGGCGCACUCUUGGCAACAUGUCACGCAAGUCUGUACUUUCGUUUUCGCUUUAUGUGUUCACCAGUUGUGUAAACGUCGUUAUAUAACGCAAAAAGUUUGCCUCAGCCACAUUUAAGCUUUUCGGGAGUUUUUCAGGUUUUUAAGUCUUUUCAGUCUUCAGAUUUUCAUUUACUACCAGAACCUGUGCCGUUAGACCUUUAUCAUAUGGCCAUGGAAUUUCUGAAGUCACACAAGGAGGACCUGUGCAAGUGGUUAUCAACGAUGGAUGCUGAGUUUAUCAUUGACAAGUGUGAAGAUAUCCUAACAGCUAAACAGGAUAAGGCUAUUCGCAAUCAAAAAACUGAUGAAGGGAAGAUCCGUCUUCUUUUGGAGACAUUCAUUGAAAUGGACGAUAGUACAUGUCAGGACUUCCUUAAGAUUCUGAAGGAAGAGCAGACACAUUAUCCAGGCCUUCAACAACAUUUCAGCAAGAGCGCACAAGCUUCAUCCAGCCCAACGGUGUAUGCGGAUUGCAGCAGCACUGUUGAUACCAGGAAAGUCACCAAUGUCCGAGGUAUAAAAGACUUAGACAUGCAUGUAACCGUUCAAGCAGGAUCGGGGAAUCCAUCUGGAAUGAACGUCAGCCAACCACCCCCACAUGCAGAAAUGGUUGCAAUAAAAGGCAGCCAUAUAUUUGCAUCAGAGAUAACGAACUGUACAAUCGACGGCAACCUCAAUAUGUCUGUGAUGCAGGUCCCAGCCCCCCAGGCCCCAGCCCCCCAGGCCCCACAGUGUCCAGUGCCAAAAAAGCAAACAGAAGAUGUGUCCUCUUCUCAGGGCCCUGCCAUGAAAAUGAUCAUUGAGAAUAAGAUGAAACUCAUCGACUGGCUCCGAGCAGAUUCUGUCUUCAUUCUUCAACAUGUGCACUCCAAACGUAUUGUUACCGAUAGAGAGUAUCAAGAGCUGAAGAGCCUCUCAGUACCAGAGGCUGCUGUGACCGACCUGAUUGACAAGAUGAUUCUCAAAAAGGAAGAGACAUGCUCUCAGUUUCUUGAUACUCUCAAAGAAAGUGAGGUGAAUGACACCUAUCCAGGACUUAAGAAGUGGAUUACCACCUUAUUCUGACUAGGACCAUCACGGCCCAAGAACAUGACACAUUCUCCAUCGAUCUCUGCAAUUUCAGACAAAUGUGGGUUUUUGAAAAGAAACCGCACAGCUCUGGUUAGCCGGGUGAAAAACGUGAAGGCCAUUGUCGAUGAUCUGCAGAGUGGACAUUUACAUGAAGAAAUGGCUGCCACCGUGAAUGCCCAGUUGACACCACAAGAAAUGAUGAGGAAGCUCCUGGAUAGCGCGACCAGCACCGGGGCCGCUAACGCCCUGAUUCAAGCCCUUUUAACUCACCAGAAGGAUGUCAUGGAUGACCUGAUUGCUGAAAAUGCUUGAAAGAGGUCAAUUGGUUCUUCAUUCUAAUUUAUCUAUAUCAGGACUACUUUUAUCUUUUUUCUAUCACUUUUUUAUUAAUCUUAGCCACCAGCCUGUUCUCAGACUAGUAAACUUAAAUCUGGGACACUCAGAAUAGUGUAAUAUGCUACAGUACAUUUGGUACUGUAUGUUUACAUUAAACGAAUGUAGAGUGGUUGGUUAGGGUGGAUGAGUAUGCGUAUGAUGCAACCUGUCAACUACUUGCUACUUUUUAGCUACUUUGCAACUACUUAGCAUGUUAGCUAACCCUUCCCCUAACUCUUAACCCUAAUCUUAACUCCUAACACUAACCCCAAACCUAGCUAACAUUAGCCACAACAAAUUGGAAUUCAUAACAUACGUUCUGCAAAUUGGUAACAUAUAUUACAAAUUGCAAUUCAUAACAUAUUGUACGAAUUGUAAUUUGUAACAUAUCAUAGGACAUGGAUGAUGGACAUUCACAAAUUAAUACAUACCAUACGAAAAGUAACAUAUCAUACUAAUUGGCUGUCCCAGAUAUAUUUUUACUCUGUUACGUCUACCCCUGAGUCCAGGUUGUUGCCACGUGUAAUUAUUGGUGGUGGUGCUAUUUUUUAUUGACAUAAUCAUGACAAUAUCAUCUUUUAAGGGAAACAUUUCUAUAAAAAAUGCAAGACAAUAUAUUUUGAUUAUGUUGACUAUGGUUCUUUACAUUCCAAAUAUAACAUGUAAAGGUGCAGUUUGAAGAUUUACCACUGCAUUACCUUUAAAUGAAAUGUUGUUGAAUUACUUAUGUUGUCAACCUCCAAGAAGGAGAGGUCCAAUAAAUUAGACUGAAAGAAACAUCUGUAGACCUAUAAACAUCUAUCGGCCUAUACAGGCCAAGAGUUGGACUUGCAAUGACAGUCUGUGUUUGACUUUGUCAUACUGACACACCCUAUCAUAAUAGACAAUACAUUUGCAGGUAGUUAUCUAAAAAUUGACCAUUGAUGUUAAAGUGUAUUUGCAUACAUUUUAAUGCAACAACUAGAAUUGACAAUCACCUCUAUAACCCUCGUGAAAUGUGAACACAAAACAUCAGAAAACAAUAGUAAUUUAGCACAUUAUUCCAUUUAAAUACAAUUUUAUUUGUCACAUACGCUACCGUUCAAAAGUUUGGGGGCACUUAGAAAUGCCCUUUUUUUUUUUUUUAGAAAAGCAAAUUUGCAAAAUGGUUUUCCAAUGAUCAAUUAGCCUUUAAAAAUGAUGAACUUGGAUUAGCUAACACAACGUGCCAUUGGAACACAGGAGUAAUGGUUGCUGAAAAUGGUCCUCUGUACGCCUAUGUAGAUAUUCCAUAAAAAAUCUGCCAUUUCCAGCUACAAUAGUCAUAUACAACAUUAAUAAUGUCUACAGUUUAUGUCUGAUCAAUUUGAUGUUAUUUUAAUGGACAAAAAAAUGUGCUUUUCUUUCAAAAAUCAAGGGCAUUUUGUGACCCCAAACUUUUGAACGGUAGUGUACACAUGGUUAGCAGAUAAUAAUACGAGUGUAGCAAAAUGCUUGUGCUUCUAGUUCCGACAUUAUUGUUAGAUAUUACUGCACUAUCUAACAUUAAUAUCUAACAAGUAGUCUAACAAUUCCCCAACACCUACCUAAUACACACAAAUCUAAAGGGGUGAAUGAGAAUAUAUACAUGUAAGUAUAUGGAUGAGCGAUAGCGAAGGUGCAAUAGAUGGUAUAAAAUACAGUAGAUACAUGUGACAUUAAUAAUGUUUACAUAUCUUACAUUACUCAAGUGGCAUUAUUUAAAGUGGAAUUGUUUAAAGUGACUAGUGAUCCAUUUAUUUAAGAGGCCAGUGAUUGGGUCUCCAUGUAGGCAGCAGCCUCUCUGAGUUAGUGAUUACUGUUUAGUAGUCUGAUGGCUUUGAGGUAGAAGCUGUUUUUCAGUCUCUCGGUCCCAGCUUUGAUGCACCUGUACUGACCUCGCCUUCUGGAUGAUAGCGGUGUGAACAGGCAGUGGCUCAGGUGGUUGAUGUCCUUGAUGAUCUUUUUGGCCUUCCUGUGACAUCGGGUGCUGUAGGUGUCAUGGAGGGCAGGUAGUUUGCCCCCGUGAUGCGUUGUGCAGACCACACCGCCCUUUGGAGAGCCUUGCGGUUGAGGGCGGGUCAGUUGCCGUACCAGGCUGUGAUACAGCCCGACAGGAUGCUCUCGAUUGUGCGUCUAUAAAAGUUUGUCAGGGUUUUGGGUGACAAGCCAAAUUUCUUCAACCUCCUGAGGUUGAAGUGGCACUGUUGCGCCUUCUUCACCACACUGUCUGUGUGGGUGGACCAUUUCAGUUUGUCUGUGAUGUGUACGCCGAGGAACUUAAAACUUUCCACCUUCUCCACUGCUAUCCCUUCGAUGUGGAUAGGGGGUUUCUCAUUCUGCUGUUUCCUGAAGUCCACAAUCAUCUCCUUUGUUUGUUGACGUUGAGUGAGAGGUUGUUUUCCUGACACCACACUAGAGGUCGACCGAUUAUGAUUUUUCAACGCUGAUACCGAUACCAAUUAUUGGAGGACCAAAAAAGCGGACACCGAUUAAAUCGGCCGAUUUUUAAAAAUGUAUUUGUAAUAAUGACAAUUACAACAAUACUGAAUGAACAAUUAUUUUAACUUAAUAUAAUACAUCAAUAAAAUCAAUUUAGCCUCAAGUAAAUAAUGAAACAUGUUCAAUUUGGUUUAAAUAAUGCAAAAACAAUGUGUUGGAGAAGAAAGUAAAAGAGCAAUAUGUGCUAUGUAAGAAAGCUAACGUUUAAGUUCCUUGCUCAGAACAUGAGAACAUAUGAAAGAUGGUGGUUCCUUUUAACAUGAUGUCACGCCCUGGCCUUAGUAUUAUUUGUUUUAUUUAUUAUUUUAGUUAGGUCAGGGUGUGACAUGGGGUAUGUGUGUAUUUUGGGGUAUUAUAUGGUAGAAGGGGUGUUUGUUGUAGUUUAUGGUUUUGUGUUGAGUGUAUGUGUCUAGCUGUGUCUAUGUUGGGUGUAGUUCUAGGAAAGUCUAUGGUGGCCGGAAUGGGUUCUCAAUUAGAGACAGCUGAUUUCGGUUGUCUCUAAUUGGGAGCCAUAUUUAAGGCUGCCAUAGGCUUUAGCUGUUUGUGGGUCAUUGUUUGUGUUUAUGUAUAGUUCGACGUAAGUAGUUUGUGUGUGCACUUACGUUUGAAGUUUUCACGAUCGUUUGUUGUUUUCGUUAGUGUUGUAUAAGUGUGUAGUGUUCAUCUUCAUCGUUGUUAUUAAAAAAGAAGAUGUAUUCAAAUCAUGUUGCGCCUUGGUCCUCUCGUUCAUGUCAACGCGAUCGUGACAGAAUGACCCACCAAUACCGGAUCAAGCAACAUGACCAGCGGCAACAGGAGCAGCACAAAGAGGAAUGGAAAUGGGAGCCAUAUUUAGGGUAGCCAUAGGCUUUCAUGUGAUGUGGGUAAUUGUCUAUGUGAUACGUUUGUAGCCUGUGUGUGCACAUCGUUAUUUAGCUUCACGAUCGUUUUCUUGUUUUGUUAGUUCGUAAGUGUGUUUGUUUCGUUUUGCCUUCUUCACCAAUAAAAGGAGAUGGCUUAUUUUCCUAAUGCUGCGUUUUGGUCCGUCAAUCCUCCACACGAUCGUGACAGAAUUACCCACCGCUACAGGACCAAGCGGCAUGUAAAGCGGCAACAGGACCCACCUACACAGGAUUCUUGGACAUGGGAGGAGAUACUGGAUGGUAAGGGGCCGUGGGCACAACCGGGAGAAUAUCGCCUCCCUCGUGAAGAGCUGGAGGCAGCGAAAGCCGAGAGGAGGCGAUAUGAGGAGGCAGCACUGAAGCAAGGCUGGAGACCCGUGAGUAAUACCCAAAAAUUUCUUGGGGAGGGGCUCAUGGGGAGUGUGGCGAGUCCAGAUGGGAGAACUGCGUCAACUUCCCGUGCUACCCGUGAGGACUCUAAGAGGGAACCUGAGCCAGUCGGGCUGAUAUUGGAGGUGAGCAAUGGGAAAUGGGAGCGUAAUCUGGACUACACUACAUGGGAGGAGAUCGACAGGUGGGCGAUCGACCCAGGGCGAGUGCCGGAGCCAGCCUGGGAUUCUCUGGCGCAGUGUGAGGAGGGAUACCGGCGAAUGGAGGCAGCACGACGACGCGGUAGGAAGCCUGUGAGUCAGCCCAAAAAAUUUCCUGGGGGGUGGCUAAGAGGUAGUGGGCCGAGGGCAGGUAGGAGACCUGCGCCCACUUCCCAGGCUAACCGUGGAGAGCGGGAGUACGGGCAGACACAGUGUUACGCAGUAGAGCGCACGGUGUCUCCUGUACGUGUUCAUAGCCCAGUGCGGGUUAUUCCACCUUCCCGCACUGGUAGGGCUAGAUUGGGCAUUGAGCCAGGUGCCAUGAUACCGGCUCAACGCGUCUGGUCUCCAGUGCGUCUCUUCGGGCCGGUAUACAUGGCACCAGCCUUACGCAUGGUGUCCCCGGUUCGCCUACAUAGCCCGGUGCGGGUUAUUCCACCUUCCCGCACUGGUCGGGCGACGGGGAGCAUUCAACCAGGUAAGGUUGGGCAGGCUCGGUGUUCAAGGGAACCAGUACGCCUGCACGGUCCGGUAUUUCCGGCGCCACCUUCCCGCCCCAGUUCAGUUCCACCAGUGCCUACAUCACGUAACAGGCUUCCAGUGUGUCUCCAGAGCCCUGUUCCUCCUCCACGCACUCGUCCUAUGGUGCGUGUCUCCAGCCCGGUACCACCAAUUCCGGCACCACGCACUAAGCCUCUUGUGCGUCUCCAGAGUCCUGUGCAUCCUGUUGCUGCUCCCCGCAUUAGCCCUGAGAUGCGUGUCCCCAGUCCGGUACCACCAGUUCCGGCCCCACGCACUAGGCCUAAUGUGCGUCCCCAGGGUCCAGUAUGCCCUGUUCCUUCUCCCCGCACUAGCCUGAAAGUGCGUGCCUUUAGCCCGGUGCCUCCAGUUCCGGCACCACGCACCAGGCCUACAGUGCGCCUCAUCCGGCCAGAGCCAUCCGUCUCUCCAGCGCCAUCUGAGCCAUCCGUCUCCCCAGCGCCGUCUGAGCCAUCCGUCUCCCCAGCGCCGUCUGAGCCAUCCGUCUCCCCAGCGCCAUCUGAGCCAUCCGUCUGCCCAGUGCCGUCUGAGCCAUCCGUCUGUCCAGAGCCAUUAGAGCCGCCCGUCUGUCCCGAGCCGUCAGAGCCAUUAGUCAGUCAGGAGCCGCUAGAGCCAUUCGUCAGUCAGGAUCUGCCAGAGCCGCCAACCAGACAGGAUCUGCCAGAGCCGCCAACCAGACAGGAUCUGCCAGAGCCGCCAACCAGACAGGAUCUGCCAGAGCCGCCAACCAGACAGGAUCUGCCAGAGCCGCCAACCAGACAGGAUCUGCCAGAGCCGCAAACCAGACAGGAUCUGCCAGAGCCGCCAACCAGACAGGAUCUGCCAGAGCCGCCAACCAGACAGGAUCUGCCAGAGCUGUCAGCCAGCCAUGAGCGUCCAGAUCCGUCUGCCAGCCAUGAGCGUCCGGAUCCGUCAGCUAGCCAUGAGCAGCCAGAUCUGUCAGCCAGCCAUGAGCCGUCCAACCAGGAUCCGCCGGAGCCGUCAUCCAGCCAGGAUCUGCCCAUUAUCCUGGUGCUGCCCCUUAUCCUGGUGCUGCCCCUUAUCCUGGUGCUGCCCCUUAUCCUGGUGCUGCCCCUUAUCCCGGUGCUGGCCCUUAUCCCGGUGCUGCCCCUUAUCCCGGUGCUGCCCCUUAUGACUAUGGUAGGGUGGGGACCACGACCAGUGCCGGAGCCGCCGCCGUGGAAGGAAGCCCACCUAGACCCUCCCCUAGACUAUGUGUUGGUGCGUCCGGAGUUCGCGCCUUAAGGGGGGGGUUAUGUCACGCCCUGGCCUUAGUAUUAUUUGUUUUAUUUAUUAUUUUAGUUAGGUCAGGGUGUGACAUGGGGUAUGUGUGUAUUUUGGGGUAUUAUAUGGUAGAGGGGGUGUUUGUUGUAGUUUAUGGUUUUGUGUUGAGUGUAUGUGUCUAGCUGUGUCUAUGUUGGGUGUAGUUCUAGGAAAGUCUAUGGUGGCCGGAAUGGGUUCUCAAUUAGAGACAGCUGAUUUCGGUUGUCUCUAAUUGGGAGCCAUAUUUAAGGCUGCCAUAGGCUUUAGCUGUUUGUGGGUCAUUGUUUGUGUAUAUGUAUAGUUCGACGUAAGUAGUUUGUGUGUGCACUUACGUUUGAAGUUUUCACGAUCGUUUGUUGUUUUCGUUAGUGUUGUAUAAGUGUGUAGUGUUCAUCUUCAUCGUUGUUAUUAAAAAAGAAGAUGUAUUCAAAUCAUGUUGCGCCUUGGUCCUCUCGUUCAUGUCAACGCGAUCGUGACACGAGUCUUCAAUAUUCCCCGUUAAGAAGUUUUAGGCUGUAGUUAUUAUAGGAAUUAUAGGACUAUGUCCCUCUACCAUUUGUAUUUAAUUAACCUUUGACUAGUGGAUGUUCUUAUAGGCACUUUAGUAUUGCAAGUGUAACAGUAAAGCUUACGUCCCUCUCCUCGCUCCUACCUGGGCUCGAACGAGGAACACAUCGACAACAGCCACCCUCGAAGCAGCGUUACCCAUGCAGAGCAAGGGGAACAACUACUAGAAGGCUCAGAGCGAGUGACGUUUGAAACGCUAUUAGCGCGCGCUAACUAGCUAGCCAUUUCACUUUGGUUACACCAGCCUCAUCUCGGGAGUUGAUAGGCUUGAAGUCAUAAACAGCGCAAUGCUUGACGCAAAACGAAGAUCUGCUGGCAAAACGCACGAAAGUGCUGUUUGAAUGAAUGUUUACACGCCUGCUUCUGCCUACCACCUCUCAGUCAGAUACUUAGAUACUUGUAUGCUCAGUCAGAUUAUAUGCAACGCAGGACACGCUAGAUAAUAUCUAGUAAUAUCAUCAACCAUGUGUAGUUAACUAGUGGUUAUGAUAGAUUUUUUUUAUAAGAUAAAUUUAAUGCUAGCUAGCAACUUACCUUGGUUUACUGCAUUCGGGUAACAGGCAAUAUCCUUGUGGAGUGCAACGGGAGAGAGGCAGGUCGUUAUUGCGUUGGACUAGUUAACUGUAAGGUUGCAAGAUUGGAUCCCCCGAGCUGACAAGGUGAAAAUCUGUCAUUCUGCCCCUGAACAAGGCAGUUAACCCACAGUUCCUAGGCCGUCAUUGAAAAUAAGAAUGUGUUCUUAACUGACUUGCCUAGUUAAAUAAAGGUAUACAUUAUUCAUUUUUUUUUUAAAUAGGCAAAACGGCGCCCAAAAAUACCGAUUUUCCGAUUGUUAUGAAAACUUGAAAUCGGCCCUAAUUAAUCGGCCAUUCCGAUUAAUCGGUCGACCUCUACACCACACCCAAGUGCCCUCACCUCCUCCCUGUAGGCUGUCUCGUCGUUGUUGGUAAUCAAGCUCACUACUGUAGUGUUGUCUGAAAACUUGAUGAUUGAGUUGGAGGCGUGCACGGCCACGCAGUUGUGGGUGAACAGGGAGUACAGGAGGGGGCUGAGCACGCACCCUUGUGGGGCCCCAGUGUUGAGGGUCAGUGAAGUGCAGAUAUUGUUUCCUACCUUCACCACCUGGUGGGCGGCCCGUCAGAAAGUCCAGGACCCAAUUGCACAGGACUGGGUUGAGACCCAGGGCCUCUAGCUUGAUGAUGAGUUUGGAGGUUACUAUGGUGUUAAAUGUUGAGCUGUAGUCAAUGAACAGCAUCUUUACAUAGGUAUUCCUUUAGUCCAGAUGGGAUAGGGCAGUGUGCAGUGUGAUGGCGAUUGCGUCAUCUGUGGACCUGUUGGGGCGGUAUGCAAACUGAAGUGGGUCUAGGGUAGCCGGUAAGGCGGAGGUGAUAUAAUCCUUGACUAGUCUCUCAAAGCACUUCAUGAUGACAGAAGUGAGUGCUACGGGGCGGUAGUCAUUUAGUUCAGUUAUCUUUGCCUUCUUGGGUACAGGAACAAUGGUAGCCAUCUUGAAGCAUGUGGGGACAAAAGACUGGGAUAGGGAGCGAUUGAAUAUGUCCGUAAACACACUAGCCAGCUGGUCUGCGCAUGCUUUGAAGACGCGGCUAGGGAUGCCGUCUGGGCCGGCAGCCUUGCGAGGGUUAACGCAUUUAAAUUCAGAGCACGUUAGUGGGGGUAUGAGGUUCCGCAGACACAAACACCCAAUGUCCAAUCUUGCUUCAUUAUUAAAUCAAGUCAAGAUACAAUAAUCCUAAUAUACCUGGGUAAAAUUACUUCCCGAAUGUGUCUAAAUAUUGCACAGAAAAAUGUAAGGUCAAUGUUCCAUUUCUCAGCCAACCUAUUUCCAUUUUAUUUAAACACAAUUUGUACUGACAUGUUAUCACAAUGCCUACAGGUGUUGCAGUACAUGUAAUUGUAACGGUGUAAUUAAGUUGUUAAAUUCCUGCAUAAAAUGGGUAUUAUGCCAUCUCUUGGUUGAUUAGUGUGUUUACAUUGUCAAAUACAUUCAGUG